CACGAUAUUUUUCUCCCCCUUAUCAUUUGUGUUGAAGAAAAGUUUGUACAUGUUUUGCCCCUUUUAUGGUUUUUGAAUGUCACGCGUUUAAUUAAUUUCAUGUACAAACUGAUUAGGAGGGGAAAGAGUAGAAGAGAAAGAACAUGAACUAUUCAACUAAGGAAAACCCAGUCGAAACCUUAUCUAAAUUUUGAUUGGACCCGUAAGAUGAAUUUCUCUAAUACUGAUCUGUAUCUCCCUUGUUUUUUGGAUUUUGUUGUGCUCGUGAUUCUGGAAAAGUUUUGUGACUGCGGCAGGUGGGUCUGCUUCGAAAUUUUAAUUCACGCUGUCAAUCGAGUGGUCUAUGUUGACAACUAGUUCAAAAUUUGAACCAGUUGUUCAGCUUUUUUCAUGGAUAAAUUAUGCUGUUUUAAGUCUUCCUACUCUCAGCUUGUGGCCUCACGUUCUUCAUCAAGCACUGGUAAGGGGAAAAAUAAUGAAGGAUCAAUAAAGUAUGGUUUUUGCCUAGUAAAAGGGAGAGCUGAUCACCCUAUGGAGGAUUAUCAUGUUGCCAAGUUUGUGCAGAUUCAGGGAAAAGAGUUAGGGUUGUUUGCUAUCUAUGAUGGCCAUUUAGGAGACCGCGUACCGGCUUACUUACAGAAACAUUUGCUUACUAAUAUCAUAAAGGAGGAGGAAUUCUGGGAAGACCCCACUGGAUCCAUCUCAAAAGCUUAUGAGCGAACAGAUCAGGCAAUUCUAGCAAAUAGUUCUGAUUUGGGCCGUGGUGGGUCAACUGCUGUAACUGCAAUAUUGAUCAAUGGCCAAAGGUUGUGGAUAGCUAAUGUUGGAGAUUCACGAGCAGUUCUUUCAAGAAAAGGUCAAGCUGAGCAAAUGACUAUAGACCAUGAGCCCAACACAGAACGGGGCAUCAUUGAGAACAAAGGUGGUUUUGUUUCCAACUUACCAGGUGAUGUGCCUAGAGUAAAUGGACAGUUAGCUGUAUCACGUGCAUUUGGAGACAAGAGCCUCAAGUCACAUUUGCGGUCAGACCCUGAUGUACGGAAUGCUGCUAUAAAUUCUGAUAUUGAUAUUUUAAUCCUGGCAAGUGAUGGACUUUGGAAGGUUAUGUCUAAUCAAGAGGCAGUUGAUAUUGCUAGAAGGAUGAGAGACCCACAGAAAGCAGCUAAGCAAUUAACGGCUGAAGCAUUGAAAAGAGACAGUAAAGAUGAUAUAUCAUGUGUUGUGGUUAGGUUUAGGGCUUGCCAAUUUAUGAUUUAUGAAUUGGAGUAAACAACGUAUAUAAGACUCACACACACUACAUACUCAGUUGGGUUAGUCUUGACUGGAUUCUUCUGAAUCAGCAACUCACCGAAGCAAAAGUUAACAAGGGUUUGUUGAACUGUAAAGCUACCUGCUUUGUGAGGUUGUAGGGCUUGAGAUUGCUUGAUUUCUGUAUAUUUUGUUCGUUUAUUCGGCACAAAUGACCAGUGGGCUGUGUAGAUAAAGAAUAUGCGUCUUAUGGGGAUUGAUUUUUUACAAGUUUGUUUGGAGAUUGAUUUGAAAAUGAAAUGGAGAAGUCAUGGAUCUUUGAUUCUUCUCUUUGUUGCAGUA